AUGGGGUUUGUAACAGUGUGGCAGAGCCUACUGUUUCUGGAGGUCUUCACUAUUUGUGUAGCAAACAGUCCUCCUUCACUCUCAGGGAAAGUGGUGCCUAGGGUGAUAGCCAAACUGGGUAAGAAUACCAGACUCCUGUGUCCUGCCCAGUCUGAUCAUGAACUGACACAAUGGAAGAAGGAUGGACAGUCAAUUAACCCUGGCUUGGACAGGUUUAAGAUAUCCCGUGAAGGGCACCUGAGAAUUCAGGACACUGAGAUGAGUGAUGCUGGGCUGUACACAUGUAUUGCAACAAAUGGCUUUGGGAGUAUCAAUAUUAAUUACACAGUAAUUGUAUUAGAUGAAGAAAAUCAACUAUUCCAAGAAGCAGGGAAGCAGUUUAAACAGUUGCCAAAUGAAGAUCUUAACAAAGAGGGGUCUGUGCCAUAUUUCGAGGAGUUGGAAAAGAUGAGGGAGUCAGUGAACUUGGUCAAACCCACAGGCUCCACAAUUCGACUGAGUUGUCAGGCAUCUGGAAACCCAGCACCAGAAGUUUACUGGUUGAAAAAUUCUGUGCCUUAUGCUCAAAAGCGGCCUCACUCAACUCUCAGAUUACAUGAGAUUAGAGAGGACGACAGUGGUGACUACACCUGCAUCGCUAGCAACAGACUUGGAGAAGUAAACUUUACUUACCACAUCCAGGUCAUAGAUGAAAUACGUCACAAACCAAGACUGAUAGCACCGCACCCACUAAACCAGACAGUGGAUGUUGGAGCUACAGUGUCAUUUCAUUGCUUUAUUGAAAGUGUUGUCAAACCACAAGUACAGUGGUUAAAACGAGUUGACAAACCUGAAGACAUUCCAAGCCCAAACAUAACAUUAGUUGAAUACAGAGAUGAGAAGUUCAUGGUACUGAAAAAUGCAGGCAUCUUAUUACCUCGUCCGGAUGGGACUUACCUCAGCAAACUUGUCAUACAGACAGUUCAGCCAAGGGAUUCUGGGAUGUUUGUCUGUUUCGCUACAAAUAGAAAAGGUUUCACCACCAGACAUGCUUUCUUAGAAACACGGCAAGGUAGCCAUCAUGGUGCAACUAAAGUAGGCGAUGGUUCAUCGUCCUUUAACACUAAAUCCAGUGACUCUGAAGAUUCAUCUGACAGUGAACUCAAUUUGCCACUUUGGAUCGGCAUUCCUUCGUGCAUUUUUCUGGUGAUCGUCCUUUUAGUAGUAUUUAUCAUGCAGCGAAAUAAUUCUUGUCAGCGAUCAACUACGGCAAACAAAGUGCCACGACCGCCAGUGCCUGCUCAAGAAAGAGACGCAUAUUAUUACAGUAAUUACCAACAGCAGCAUACUAUAAAUCCUUUACUGGCAACACGAGAAAAGUUGCCAAAGACGCCAACACCGUCUGUUGAUAUGACAAGCUCCGAGUUUUCUUCUGUAUCAAGAACACAUCCGAACCCUUAUUUUUAUCAUCCAAAUCACGUGAUCUGUGGGCAGUGA